ACAAUGAAAAUGCAGGAUAUGGGCCCUUUAAUGUGAGAAUGCGGCUCCACAGCGCCCUCUGGCGAAACCACAACAAUCCACAUAUAAUAGGCUUUACAAUAAGCGAUGCUGAGAAGAAGCGGAAAUGCAGAUGGAAACAAAGCGGCGCUCUGACAGAGUCCGGGCGAUCAGCGGGGUGCAGAGCGGGUGCUGAGCGCUGGUGUCCGAGCAGAGCUGCUCUUCUCCUGCCCGCCUGCAUGCGUGGUAAUGUGGGCGGGCCGUCGGAGCGCCGACGCUGAGGAAGAGGAUCCACAGCCCGGAGAGCCAGAAGCUCCAGCUGCGCUCCGACGCCGCGGGACGUCUCUUCAUGUUUGCUGCCCGUCUGGGUCGAUCUUUCCCUCGCGAGGUGCGGAUUAGCCCCGCUCCUGGUGCGCCAUGAGGGUCGGGAGAUAUCUGGGUCUGGUCAGGCCCGUAGGUCCGGUGGUGGUGGGGAUCUCUCUGGGGUUCACCCUGAGCCUGCUGAGCGUGAGCUGGGUAGAAGAACCGUGUGACCUCGACCCAGUGGUCACCCUGCUCCAGGAUGGCGGUGUGGCUGCCAGAAAACCCAGCUCAAUUUCCACUGGACACGAAGAAGGAAACGAGAACUUUCAGCCGCGGAUCUUAACGUACGAGCCCGUCCAGCAGGCUCAGCCCAGGAAGAUCUUCAGGGCUAAAUACAUUAGCACAGAGUUGGGGAUCCGCGAGCGUCUGUUUGUUGGGAUUCUGACGUCUAAGAGGACCCUCAGCUCCCUGGCUGUGGCCGUGAACCGCACCAUCAGCCACCAUCUGGACAACGUGGUGUUCUUUACCGGUGCCAGAGAUCGCAAGGUCCCUCACGGGAUGUUUGUGGUUGCCCACGGCGACGAGCGGCACAUCUGGAACAUGUACCAGACCAUCAGAUACAUCCUGAAUCACUUCAUAUCCGAAUACGACUAUUUCUACCUGGCCCAGGACGACACGUACACGCAGGCUGACCGCAUUAAAGCACUGGUGGGACAUCUCAGCAUGGACCGGCUGCUCUACAUGGGCAGUCCAGAGGAGUUUGUUGGGGGUCAGACGCAGGGGAGGUACUGUUACGGAGGGUUUGGGUACCUGCUGUCCUGUGGCCUCCUGCUCACUCUGGAGCCCUUUCUGGAGAACUGCAGGAACGACAUCGUCAGUGGCAGGCCAGACGAGUGGCUCGGACGCUGCAUCGUGCAGUACACCAACACGCAGUGCGUGGAACAGUUCGAGAACCUGCAGUAUUACCACUUUGAGCUGGGGAAGAACUCGGACCCCAGUAAGGAGGACAGCGUCCAGUUCAGAAAUGCUGUCACAGUUCACCCGGUGUCUGAUCCAGAGCAGAUGUACAGACUGCACAAGCACUUCACCCAGAUAGAGCUGCAGAAAACAUACGAGGAAAUCGAGAAGCUGCAGGCAGAAAUAAAGAAUGUGAGUGGUCUGGCAUUCGAUGGCAAUCGCAGUGCCACUUGGCCGAUUGGGAUCAAUCCACCAUUUGAGCCAAAGACUCGUUUUGAGGUGCUGCAGUGGGACUAUUUCUCCGAGGACCACAUUUAUUCCUGCAUAGACGCAUCGGCAAAGUGCGAAUUGCGGGGGAUCGACCAGCUGGAUGUGGCCGACGUUAUUGAGGUGGCCAUGGAGCAGUUGAACAGGAAAUACAAGCCUGUGCUUCACCUCAACAAGCAGCAGCUUCUGAACGGGUACAGAAGGUUCGACCCAACCAGAGGGAUGGAGUACAUUCUGGACCUGCAGCUGGAAGCUGUUAACCAGAAAGGACGAAGUGGUUUCAUUACCAAACGUGUGCAUCUGCUCAGGCCCCUCAGUCGCAUCGAAAUCCUCCCGAUGCCCUAUGUAACCGAGGCCACCAGAGUCCACAUUAUCUUGCCUGUUACGUUCCAAGAUCGAGAGCAAGUCCGACAAUUCUUAGAGAUUUAUGCCUCUAAUGCCUUUACGACUGGCGAGAACGCUGUCUUGACUUUCCUCUUCAUUUAUGAACCGUACGAAGCUCAGCAGGCCAACAGGGAUGACAUUUUUGCUGGUGUCAAGGCUCAGAUUAGUACCUAUGAACGUAAGUACCCGAUGGUCAAGAUCCCCUGGAUCAGUGUCAAAACAGAAAGCCCAUCCCAGAUCAAGUACAUGGACAUCAUUUCCAAAAAGCACCAGGUAGAUACUCUGUUCUUCAUCGCCACGGUAAAAACCAGCAUCAAGUCCGAAUUUCUGAACCGUUGCCGGAUGAACUCCAUCAGCAACUGGCAGGUGUUCUUUCCCAUCCACUUCCAAGACUAUAACCCAGACAUUGCUUACCAUGGUGAACCACUGCCCAAGACCAUAGAUUUGGUCAAAGAGGCAGGUCUUUUUGACCGCAGUUCCUUCGACGAGGCAUGUUUUUACAACUCUGACUACAUGGCGGCUCGGACACGCAUGGCCGCGGACGUGCAGGAGAAUGAGGAGCUCCUGGAGAGCCUGGAUCUAUACGAUAUAUUCAUGAGUUACUCCAACCUUCACGUUUUCCGAGCGGUGGAACCGUCUCUUCACCGCCGCUACAGCUUCCAGCAGUGCAACCCACGACUUAGUGAGGAAGGCUACCACAGGUGCAUGCAAGGCAUUCUGCAGGGCCUGGGGCCUCGCUCCAAACUCGCCAUGCUUCUCUUCGACCUAGAACAGGGUAACAGCACAUAGGGCUGCCAUAUGGGGACAGAGUGGACACCAUGUUGCAAUUCUACUGCUCCACAUUACGAUUGUGAUGUGUCUUGCAAUAAUUUAAAAGCACACUGGUGGCAUGAUUUGAAGAUCGACCUGACCAGACUUACUUAUUAAUUCAUGAAUCAUUUGGAUGUCUUGAUUAAUCUAAAAAGAAACUCAUUGAAAUGCGAUCAUCUGACCAUGGUAAAAAGCACUGUGAUUGGUCAGAAUUGCAGAGGGCUAUAUUGGAAGAACAAUAAACAAACAAUAUUAUACAGCCCUAAAACUACUGUUCACAAGUGUAAAUAUGAUUUGUAAGCUCAGCCCUGCACUGAAAAAUGAAUUGACCGCCCAAAGUGUUGGAAUUCCUGCCCACUUUGUGAAAGUUGAUUGUGCUCUCACUGGCUAAAUUACACAAAUAAGUGGCAAACAAUGACUAUAGUCUUUUGGUUUAGGCCAUAAAUGUGCAAACCUGGUUUAAAUUACCUGUAUGAUAAUGCUCAUUUCUGCUAGCAUCCCUAUGGGAUUUCUAGUGGUAUGUUAGCACUAUGUUAACUGUAAGAUUUGGGUAGUUCUAGAAGAUACAAGAAAAGUUGAAGCUUGUAAGAGACAGUCCGUAUGUUUUUAUGUAAAAUGAGCAACAGACAUUAAUUUUCCAUCAUACAUUGUGUGACCUAGUUGGACUAAAGCUCGUAUUCUGGCCAGUGUUGUCUCUAGAACUUCCAGAAGGACUAGAAUGACCUUUUUUUCUUAUGAACUUGGUUCCGCCCAUUGGAAAUAAUAAUAACCAAAAAAAAGAUUGGUUGAUUUGUAUGUCUGUUCUUCAUGAUUGUAGUAAUCAAUCUAAUGUGUAAGGCCUUCAGUUUAGCUCCUAGAGUCUUAACCAAUGGGAGAGCACUGAUUUAUGUAGGUACCACAGAGAAAAACAUCCUGAUUGGGCAGUUUUCCAUUGGAUGGUUCAAGAUUUGAACCCUUCUGUUUCCAGUACUUGAAGAGUUUACAUGCAAUAAGCAUCGUGUCUGUAUUGUGGGGAAGGCCCUGAAGAAAUAUGACCAAUAUGAAGCUUUUAAUGUGUUUUAUGUGAUUUCAUUUCAUCAUAUAGUGAGGCGAUCAAUGAUUCUAGCAUUCAGAUGAAAGUUCAGACAGUGCUAGAAACGUUUGGGGUGUUGAGUCUUCAGCAAACUGUGCAAUAGACUGCCUGUGUUUUUCCACUGCCAGGUUUGAGAAUGUGUCCACUGUGUAGCCUCGUCUCUGUCCAGUGCACAGUAAGUACACUUGGCAGCGUCAAACAUAAUCAUGUCCUACGGUGAAAAACUUACCGUGAGCUCAUCUCUCUGAGGCACCUGGGUAAAAGACUGAACCUCACACUAUGUGAGCCAAGCAUGAGGCUCAUGAACAUUAGGACAUAUUGUGUUUCUAAUUUCGUGGCAGGCUUCCAACUCAUCGUCCAGCUCAGUGGUCCAGAUUAUUUUGGCUAAUUUAAAGUACAGAGAGAGUUUGGGCCAUUAAUCCUGGUAGCGUUUUAACCUUUAGAAGUCUGGCUUUAUUAUUGUUGUUUUUCUGUACUAUUUAAUUGUCACUUAAUGGAGUGUAUACAGCGUGUCCCGUGUAAUGAAUUCCAUCCACAUUCUUUAUAAGUUUGACUUUUUUUCUGUGUGUUUUUUGACGUCAAAGACAAAAACAUGGCAAAAAUGUAGAGUGUUAUGUAGAAUGAAGCCACCCCAGAAAGUACAACCAGCUUCUAAGACUUAACGUUGGAAGUGUGUCUUAGCCGGUUGGUUACUGUAGUGGUUAACGCCUCUGCCUUCUACGCUGUAGACUGGGGUUCAAUCCCCCACCAGGGCAAGCGCCCUACACUAUACCAAUAAGGGUCCUUGGGCAAGACUCCUAACACCACCUUGGCUCGCUCUGGAGAAGAGCGUCAGCCGAAUGCCAUGCAGGCUCUUUGAGGACCUGAAAGCUGAAGCUGGAAUGAAGGUAAUAAGUGGAUACAAUAAAUACUGAAAAAAAGUCCUAUUUAAUGGCUGUUUUGCCUGGAAAUAAAAGGGUGAAGGGUAGUUUCUGACUCUUGCACAGUAAAUGAUGAUCUCUCUGCGAAACAAGGCUGUACACACAAAAACAACUUUUUAUACAAUGAAGAUCUUAAUAAAACUUUGCACGUAAACGUGGUAUGGAUUGAAAGUUUAGAAUCUGCCUUUUUCCACUUCUUUCAAUGGGAUGCGAGUCAGAAAUGAUUCAUAUUAGAUUACGCCCUGCUUUUGUGAUCACAGACGACCUCUAAGGGUUAAAAGCAGAGCGUCUGCUGUAAAAGAGAACUGAAAAGUUAAGGUUUAGUGGCGAGAAGUAAAGGUAGCCGGUGUUAAUCACUGCAUAACUUGGCUUUAGUGAUGAUAUACCAGAUCAUGCUGCUCUCUGUUUGGACUGGAGGAGCUUCAUGGGCUUUAACGCUCGUUCAGGACAGGCGUGUUGUAAUAAUUUGGUGUUGGGUGAUGUUUAGCAUGCCGUUAGGAUUUGGUUCCUUUGUGCUGAGCCACUUUAAACAGUGAGCCAGCAGCUUAUCACUGCCAAAGCACAGCUGAACACUGGUGCCUUCUAAUGUACUGUAUCCUCUCUCACACACUCUGUUAUCUAGAUCUUACACCAUCAUGUUAAAUACUGUUUACAGGGUUGCGAUGUUUGCUGGUCUCUUCCACGACUGGUGAAGUGAGGAUGGUUUAACCUCUUAAACUGCAGGCUUAUUACUCAGCAACACUCUCAAAAAUAGAGGUUCUUCAGUUGGAUGUAUGGAGAAAAAACAGUAUCUUUUACAGUAUGUGGAGGUUCUUUAAUCGUCUCUAAAGUGCCUUCAAUGGUUCAGUGGUUCUUCUGUAAUAAUGUUUGUUAGCUUCCUGUUAAAAGUUUAAAGCAAACAGGUCACAAACUUUCAAAGUUUGUAAAAGAGUGAAUCAUUUUUCACGGUCUAGUUUUUAAGAUGUUAUAUCCGAAAUCUCUUUUUUGAGAGCACCAGAAAGUGGAAACAUUUAAAACCUAUAUUUUAUUUUAGCUUUUGUUUUUUUCUAUAGAUUUUAUUUUGUUGCUAUCGUUGUGUUCCGUGAUUUUGCUUAUAAUUUUGAACAUUAUUAGUGUUGUUGUUUUUAUAAAUAAUAGAACUUCAUUCUGGAUGUUAAUUUUAUUCGAAAAAUAAAGGUUCUUCACUUGGAUGUAUGGAGAACAAAACAAAGUAUCCUUUUUGUGGAGGUUCUUUAAACUUCUCUAAAGUACCUUCAACUGAAAGUGGUUCUUCUAUAGAAUCACUCCAAAGAAACCCUGUUUUUAAGAGUGCACUGUAAAACGAAUACAUUUGGAAUCGGUCUUAGUAGAAGUUAUUUUAUUCAUAGUAACUCACACUAAGUAGAUUAAAAUAAUCACAGUGUAAACAUGAUGCAGUGUUUUAGCUUUAAUACGUCGAUAACCUGGUUUUAACUCCACUGAAGUUCUAAUAGUGGGUUAACAGGGUAAUAAUAUUUGUUAGCUUCCUGUUAAAAGUUUAAGGCAAACAGGUCACAAACUUUUGAAGUUUGUAAAUCACGAUCAUUUUUCACGGUCUAGUUUUUAAGAUGUUAUAUCCAAAAUCUCUUUUUUGAGAGCACCAGAAAGUAGAAACAUUGACAACAUAUAUUUUAAUUCAGCUUUUGUUUAUAGGCCAAUAUGUGAUCUUUGACUGCGUGUCUGUUUUUGUUGUUUUGCACAAUAAAAGUACUUAAA